AUGCCCGAAUAUAGAUAUAAAGUAUUUCUAAAUGCUCGUUAUGAGGUUGUCUGGCAAAAACUUUUAGACAAAAUCAAACAUCCAGAAAAAUAUGUUCAAGGAAUUCGUCAUGUUGAAAUAUUAGAAAAUGAUAGUGAUCAUGUUUUAAGAAUUGUUCAUUUUGAAAAUGAUAAAUGGGAACCAUUAAAAGAAUUAAUUGUUGCUGAUAAAACAGCUGGAAUUAUUGUUUAUCGUUUAGUUGAUCAUCCUUAUUUUGAAGGUGAAACAAUUAAUAUUUGUCGAACAACAAAUCAAGUUUUUCACUCUGAAUUAGAAUAUGAAAUUAAUUGGAAAUUAAAAGAUCAAAAUGCUGCUGAAUCAAUUGAAGAAAAACAUAUUGCAGAACAAGCUUUAGAAUUAGCUGCCAAUGAAAUGAAAAGAAUUUCAGAAGAAGCUGAAGCUGCUUAUCGUUAA